AGGAGAAGCGCGGGGAAAGUAUGGAAGUCGAGACCGCGGAGUGGGCAUUGAUCUUCCAACGGAUGGUCGAUGGGAAGCAGGAGUCCAAACCCAAGGUCUUGCUACCUGAUUUUGUGCGCGCCCUGGCAUUGGCACGGCCUGUGGAGAAUCUCUACAUGCUACGCCUUCGUUGUCAGAAGCUCUUUGGUUCCGUCAGCAAAGCUUGGAGCAGUCUUUGGGCAUCCAGUGAGGAGGUGAGUCUCAACAAGUGGCAGAUCUCUAUGCUCAAGAUGAGCAUCGCUCACUUCGAUGCAGUUCGACUCUUCCGUCUCAUCCUUACUAGCCCGUUCCACCACGCGCUGCCGCCGUCAACGAAGAGUAGUCACCUGCAAAGCAGUGAUGAGCUGUACAUCUCCAAGUCCGCCUUCUUGGCGGCCAUGAAGGGUCCCAACAUCGAUGCCAGCAACACCAUAUUGGAGCUCUUGCAACAAAGCCAGAGCCAAUUUCCCGUGUCGGCUGCUUUCGAAGGACACUGCUUUCCGAGGCACCCCUUGGGGGAGGCGGAAUUUGCAGAAGCGGUGGUUCCCAUCCUUCAGCGAUGCCGCGCUCCCUCCAAGAUCUACCCUUCUGCUCAGACUCUUCUCGAGGAGGGACAGCUGCUCUUCAACUAUCUGGACGUCUCCGCAGAGGGUGUGGUGCUUAUGGAGAGUCUGCUGGAAGUGAUGACCGCCGUGCAGGCCUCCUACCUCUUCACUGAGGACGUACCAAGAUCCAAUGCCGGACCUUCGCCCUUCCGACCUUUCAGCUCGGUCGACCGCUGGAAACGAGGCCGUGGACGACGUCCAGGCGAGGACGACCCCAUGCGUGAGACUGUUUCGACGAUGAUCGACAGCGAGGAUUCCGCCACUGAAUCAAUGGACAACUCCAGGCCAACCACCAUGGGCAGUCGCGGCACGAGGCGAGCGCCCCAGCGCCCCAGCACGAGCGGAGCAUCGGCAGCCAUCCGGCCAAUGACAGCGGCGCCCUUUGAGGUGGCGGCUUUGACGCCCUUGCAGGAGGCGGAAUCCUCUUUCACCUCGAUACCCUCAGUGAGCACACGCAGCACGCUCGCAGCGGUACACUUUACCAAGAAGUUGCAGUCAAAGGCCAAAGCACGACAGACUGGGCGGCGCAGCACUACCGCACCCAGUGCACCAGGCUCUAGCUCUGAUGCUCCACUCUUCGAGGGCCUGCCUGCAGCGAACCCACCGGGACAGGGCUCGCGCACUCCGAAGCUGCCGAAACUGCCUGCACUGCAGGAGAAGCAAGAGGGCUUUGAGGCUUCCACGGCCUCUGCGGCCUUCGGCACUGAGCCCUUGGUCUUAGGCCUCAAAGGCCGUGGCAGUGCGCCGUCCGCGCGGUCGGCUGGUGGCCACGGUACUUGAGGGGCAGAGAUGGAGAAAGAGGUAGAAGGUAGAGCGGGAGUGUUCGUUUCUUGCGGAUGUUGAG